AUGUGGACGCCGUCGCGCGGGAGCAACGCGCGGCGGACGGGCCACCGGCGCAUCGCGGAGUGCCUCGCGGACGACCAGACCACCAACACCGACACCUCCGACAACGAGUCCUUCACCACCGCCUAUGGGGACGAGUUCUUCGCCGGGGGGAGCGGGGGCGGGGGCAUGCUCCCGGCAUUCCUCGCCGACCAGGGGGACCUGGUGGAGGUCAUGCUGGAGCUCGACGAGGAGUCCAUGGUGGUGCGCAGCGUCACGCCCACCAGGGCCGCGCUCUACAGCGCCGCCGCGAUGCCGCACACGCCGGAGGCGCCGGGCGGCGGCCCCCUCAGCCGCUGCUCCUCGACGUCCUCGCGGAUACGGAAGAAGUUCGCGUGGCUGCGGUCGCCGUCCCCCGCGCCCUCGCCCUCGCCGCGCGUGCCCACGCCCGCCGAGCUGCAGCGUGAGGCGGCCAUGGCGGCCCGCGAGCGCCGCCGCAUCCAGGCGCGGGUCAACCGGUCGCGCGCCGGCGCCAAGCGCGCGCUCAAGGGCCUCCGCUUCAUCAGCCGCACCACCGGCUCCCUGGAGGCCGCCGAGCUCUGGCGCCGCGUCGAGGAGCGCUUCAACGCCCUCGCCCACGACGGCCUCCUCUCCCGCGACAACUUCGGCGAAUGCAUCGGAAUGGUGGACUCGAAGGAGUUCGCGGAGGGCAUCUUCGACGCGCUGGCGCGGCGGCGGCGGCAGAACCUGGAGCGGAUCACCAAGGAGGAGCUCUACGACUUCUGGCUCCAGAUCUCCGAUCAGAGCUUCGACGCGCGGCUCCAGAUCUUCUUCGACAUGGUGGACACCAACGUGGACGGGAGGAUAACGAGGGAGGAAGUACAGGAGCUGAUCGUCCUGAGCGCGUCGGCGAACAAGCUCGCGAAGCUCAAGGAGCAGGCGGAGGAGUACGCGUCGCUCAUCAUGGAGGAGCUCGACCCGGAGAACCUCGGCUACAUUGAGCUGUGGCAGCUGGAGACGCUGCUGCUCCAGCGCGACACGUACAUGAACUACAGCCGGCCGCUGAGCACGGCGAGCGGCGCGCAGUGGAGCCAGAACCUCGGCGUCGGCGCCAGCGGGGCCGUGCCGCACGCGGCCAAGGGAGAGGACGACGACGGCAGCGGCCCGCAGACGUGGGGGGAAGAGAUGAGGGAGCGGCGGCGCGGGUGGGGCCGCGGCGUGGCCAAGGCGGCGUCGCACGUGCGCGUGGCGGCGGAGGAGAACUGGCGGCGCGCGUGGGUGCUGGCGCUGUGGUUCGCGGCCAUGGCGGCGCUGUUCGUGUGGAAGUUCGUGCAGUACCGGCGGACGGCGGCGUUCCAGGUGAUGGGGUACUGCCUGCCGACGGCCAAGGGCGCCGCCGAGACGCUUAAGCUCAACAUGGCGCUCGUCCUCCUCCCCGUCUGCCGCAACACGCUCACGUGGCUCCGCUCCUCCUGGGCCCGCUUCUUCGUCCCCUUCGACGACAACAUCACCUUCCACAAGAUGAUCGCGACGGCGAUCGUGGUGGGGAUCACGCUGCACGCGGGGAACCAUCUGGCGUGCGACUUCCCGCGGGUGAUCGCGUCGGGGCCGGAGGAGUACCGGCUGGUGGCGGGCGCGUUCGGCGCGUCCAAGCCGACGUACGGGCGGCUCAUCUCCGGGGUGGAGGGCGUGACGGGCAUCGCCAUGGUGGUGCUCAUGACCGUCUCCUUCACCCUGGCCACCCACCCUUUCCGCAAGGGCGAGAAGGAGGCGUCCGCGUCCCGGCUGCCGGCGCCCCUCAACCGCCUCGCCGGCUUCAACGCCUUCUGGUACUCCCACCACCUCCUCGGCAUCGUCUACCUGCUCCUCCUCGCCCACGGCUACUUCCUCUUCCUCGUCCGCCGCUGGUACGAGAAGACGACAUGGAUGUACAUUUCUGUCCCUCUGCUGCUCUAUGUCGGCGAAAGGAUGCUGCGAGCCUUGCGGUCGAAUGCUCACCCUGUCAAAAUCCUCAAGGUAUUGCUUCUACCUGGAAGUGUACUGACAAUACAAAUGUCAAAGCCCUACGGAUUUCGAUAUAGGAGUGGACAAUAUAUCUUUCUUCAGUGCCCGAUGAUCUCUCCAUUUGAAUGGCAUCCUUUCUCCAUCACCUCAGCUCCUGGAGAUGACUACCUCGCUGUUCACAUUCGCACAAACGGAGACUGGACGCAAGAGCUCAAGCGCAUAUUUGUCGAGAACUACUUCUCGCCGCACAUGAACAGAAGAACUUCAUUCAGCGAGUUAGGCGCGGCAGAACCUAGACCCACUCCCGCACCAAAAUUGCUCGUUGAUGGUCCAUAUGGCGCGCCUGCACAGGAUUUCAGAAACUACGAUGUUCUGCUUCUAGUAGGCCUUGGAAUUGGAGCAACACCGUUCAUAAGCAUUCUAAAGGACCUACUUAACAAUAUUAAGCUAGCUGAUGAGCUGAUGGACUUGGCAAUGGAGACUACUCAAACUAGUAGGUCUGAAGACAGUGCCAACAGCUUCAGUGUCUCAACAGCUAGCAGCAACAGGAAGAGAUCAUAUAGAACAAGCCGCGCACAUUUUUACUGGGUUACUCGCGAGCCCAUGUCAUUUGAAUGGUUCAAAGGAGUGAUGAAUGAGGUUGCCGAAAUGGACAAGAAGGGUGUCAUAGAGUUGCACAAUUAUCUUACGAGCGUGUACGAGGAGCGUGAUGCACGAACAACUCUGUUGUCGAUGGUCCAAGCUCUAAACCAUGCCAAACAUGGUGUCGACAUCGUGUCGGGCACCAGGGUGAGGACACACUUUGCCAGGCCAAACUGGAGGGAAGUCUUCACCAAAAUCGCAGCUAAGCAGCCGAAUUCAACAGUUGGAGUGUUCUACUGUGGCGCGCCGACGCUGGCCAAAGAACUGAAGAACCUGUCGCACGAGAUGAGCCACAAGACGUCGACGCGCUUCCAUUUCCACAAGGAGUACUUCUGA